AUGGCCGCUGCCGUCGAAACCAGCAGCCCGUCCGCCGCGACGCUCCCAUCGUCGCCGUACCCCUUCGCCUUCGCCCCGGACAUCAUCCGCUCGCACCAGAAGGAUGCCUACUUCCAAGGCGUCCUGACCCACCAGCUGGCCGACCUGCACCGCCGCCUGCUCGGCGCGCGCUCGGCCCAUGCCUGGGCGACCGAGUCCAAGACCGCCGCCGACCUGAUCUACCUAUGCCUCACGACUCUGAUCGGCAACCGCACACUGGGAGAGGAGUACUGCGAUCUGGUCCAGAUCGAGGGGCAGGAUGGCUCUCUGCCCGCGUUGCCGCGGAGAGCAGCAUACAUCGCCGGCAGCAUACUCCUGCCCUACGCGCUGGCGAAGGUAUUGCCCAGUUUGAGGGCGAAGAUCAGGGCGCGGUUGGAGCGCAACCUAGCAAGGCUACGCAUGCAGGGCGCAAAGAAAGUCGACUCCUGGAGCUUCAAGACCCAGUCCUACGUCUUGGCCAACCUGCCCACCCUCACAAGCCCGGCUCCUGUUUCCGCCGUCAGUCUCGCCUUGUUCUACUUCAGCGGCUCAUAUUACGAGAUCGCAAAGCGCCUGACCGGGCUGCGGUACAUUUUCACCCGAAAAAUCGAGGAGGGAGCCGACAGAGCCGGCUACGAGGUCCUCGGCGUCCUUCUCGUGGUGCAGCUCGCAGUCCAGGGAUACUUGCACGUCAAAUCAACGUUGUCGAGUGGAGAGGGUCAGGAGGGUCGAGAACGUAACAGCUACUCAGACACCCACGUCUCACUCAACGAACAUGCUUACAGCAGCAACAAUGCACUGCUAACCUCGGCGGGAGGACCGUCGGGGCAGACGCACGUCGACAUCGCCGCCGCCACCCACACGCCCGUCCUCGGCCAGCCGCGCUACGACCUGGCCGACGGCAAGACCAUGGGCUGGAUCAAGGGCACCCAGCAGCGCAAGUGCACGCUCUGUCUGGAGGAGCUCAAGGACCCGUCGGCCACGCAGUGUGGCCACGUCUUCUGCUGGGAGUGCAUCGGCGACUGGGUGAGGGAAAAGCCCGAGUGCCCGCUCUGCAGGCGUGAGUGCUUGGUGCAGCAUAUACUACCCCUGAGGGCUGUCUGA